CAGCAGCGCCAGCCCCAGCAGCAGUCCGGCCGCCGCCGCCGCCGCCGUCGCCGCCGCCUCGCGCUCUUGCCAUCCGGCCAGACAUGAGUGAGGCGGAUCGGGCGCCUUCGCCUGCCGCGCCGCCGGCGGUGGCGGCGGCCGCCUCUGAGGAAAAGAAAGGGAAGGAACCGGAGCGUGAGAAGCUGCCACCCAUCGUGUCCGCCGGCGCCGGCGCGACGACGGGUUUGGACAGAGGAGACAAAGGCCAGAUUUCCACUUGCAGCAGUUUUGUUUCAACUGUUAGCCAGAAGAAAGAAGCCACUGAAAAUAGAAGUUCACCUGCACAUCUUGUUUCUCCUAACGUCAGGGAUAGUAAUGUAAGAGACCUACCACCAGUUUGCCUUGAUGUUAGACAAAAGCAGCGUAUCCCUAUAGAUACAUUAUCAUCUGAAACGAAGGCCCCAAUCCUUGCAGAACCUGUCCUUCCUGUCCAGCCCAAAACUAUGAAAGAUUUUCAGGAAGAUAUGGAAAAAGUUAAGUCUACAGGAGAUUGGAAAACAGUACAUGAUUUUUAUCUCACAACAUUUGAUUCUUUCCCAGGAUUAAAUACUAUAUUUAAGAAAGAUGCUACUGCCUCAUUUAAUACCAUUGAUGACUCUGGGAUUAAUGCUAAAUUUGUGAAUGCUGUAUAUGAUGCCUUACUUAAUACUCCUCAAGAUAUUCAGAAGACAGUAUUAAAGGGAAUCAUUAACAGCCUAUUACGAGAAUGGAAGGGCCCAAGAACAAAAGAUGAUCUUAGAGCGUAUUUCAUACUUUUACAGAAUCCUCAAUUUAAUAACACAUCUACGUAUGUCAUCUGUGCUCACUUGCUACGACAGAUAGCUACCUUAGUGGAAGCUGACCAUCAUUUCCUAGUUCACUGGUUUAAAAAAUUAUCACAGAAGAGGUUCAAACAAUUGGUAGAGAGAUUGCUGCAAUUUAUUUCUUUACGCCUGUUUCCUGCAAAGCCUGAAGAAUUUCCCCCUAUAGCAAAGUGUUCCUGGUGGAUUCCAUCAGCAUCUAAAGUGUUGGCUUUACUUAAUACUGCAAACAAUUUGGUUGAUCCUCCCCUUAUUCCUUAUACUGAUUUCUAUAAUUCUACAUUGGAUCACAUUGAUCUCAUGGAAGAAUAUCAUACUUGGCAGAGCUUUGGAAACUCUCACAGGUUUUCCUUCUGUCAGUACCCAUUCGUUAUUUCUAUAGCUGCAAAAAAAAUCAUUAUUCAGAGAGACUCAGAACAACAGAUGAUAAGCAUCGCAAGGCAAAGUCUGGUGGAUAAAGUAUCUCGAAGACAGAGACCUGAUAUGAAUAUGUUAUUUCUAAAUAUGAAAGUAAGGCGGACACAUCUGGUUAGCGAUUCACUUGAUGAGUUGCCAAAUGAAAAUUUUGGAGACAUUUUGAUACUUAGAAGCAUUAACCCGGAAAGAGCAGACUUGAAAAAGAAGUUGAAAGUUACAUUUGUAGGGGAAGCUGGUUUGGAUAUGGGUGGCUUGACUAAAGAGUGGUUCCUUCUUCUAAUUCGCCAGAUUUUUCAUCCAGAUUAUGGCAUGUUCACAUAUCACAAGGAUUCACACUGCCAUUGGUUUAGCAGCUUUAAGUGUGAUAACUAUUCUGAAUUCCGAUUGGUUGGAAUUCUUAUGGGACUAGCUGUUUAUAACAGCAUCACCUUGGAUAUUCGUUUCCCUCCUUGCUGUUACAAGAAAUUAUUGAGCCCUCCCAUCGUUCCUAGUGAUCAAAAUACACCAGUAGGCAUCUGCAGUGUUACCAUUGACGACUUAUGUCAAAUUAUGCCUGAAUUGGCCCAUGGAUUAAGGGAACUCUUAUCAUAUGAAGGCAAUGUUGAAGAAGAUUUCUAUUCCACAUUCCAGGUUUUUCAAGAAGAAUUUGGAAUAAUUAAGUCCUAUAAUUUAAAGCCAGGAGGUGAUAAAAUUCCAGUGACUAAUCAAAAUAGAAAAGAGUAUGUACAGCUUUAUACUGACUUCCUUAUCAACAAAUCCAUCUAUAAGCAGUUUGCUGCAUUUUAUUAUGGAUUUCAUAGUGUGUGUGCUUCAAAUGCCCUAAUGCUGCUUCGUCCAGAAGAGGUUGAAAUUCUGGUCUGUGGAAGUCCUGAACUGGAUAUGCAUGCACUGCAGAGAAGUACUCAGUAUGAUGGGUAUGCAAAAACAGACCUAACUAUAAGAUACUUUUGGGAUGUUGUGCUUGGAUUUCCUCUUGAUCUUCAAAAGAAAUUGCUACAUUUUACUACAGGAAGUGACAGAGUUCCUGUAGGAGGAAUGGCUGAUUUGAACUUUAAAAUCUCAAAGAAUGAAACUUCUACUAACUGGUUACCUGUGGCCCACACCUGCUUCAAUCAACUUUGCCUUCCCCCCUACAAGAGCAAAAAAGACCUGAAACAGAAAUUGAUCAUUGGAAUUUCAAAUUCAGAAGGUUUUGGACUCGAGUAACCUAGAAGACUUGAAAUAUAAUAUUUUAUAUGUAGCAUUCACUUCCCUCUUAUUGUGCCUUUAACCUUUUCACAUUUCUGUCUCAAAACACUUUCAAAAAGCUCCAACUUUAAAAGACUGAGGUUUUUUUUGUGAUCAAUUAUGAAAUAUGUUUAGUGAAGGCAUGAUUUUCUAAAAACACAGAAUUUUCUUGAGUGAGAAAAAGACCACGUGGCAGAAACGGAUAUGGGUCCAGUCACUCAUUUUUUAUAGCACUUUAUCAUUUUCCAUAAGUAGUUUGUCACAGGUGUUCCACUGGGAAAACAAAGUAUAGUGAAGAAUGCAUUUAUGACAUAGUUGAACCCAGUGGCAGAUUGUGUGCUACUAGCACACAGUAGCAAAGCAAAUAGCUACAUAAUCUUUAACAUAAAGCAUGUAGCCAUAUUUUCAUAUAGAGGUAAACAACAGUAUAAUUGCAAAUGCAGUUUACAGGGUUUUUUGAUAUACUGGCUUUGGGUCCUAUAAGAUUCUUUUCAACUGUUGCUGAAAAGCAUGUAAAUAAUUACAUAAUAGCCUGAGAAUAAUGGGAUUUUGAUAGUGUCAUUUAUUGCUAAAGAUUUAUUUUUACAAAGUAAAUUCAGGGUUUUAGAUGUGUAUACAGCUUUUACAAAUCAAUAAAGAUGAUUGUACAAGAGUAUUUUCAGACUAAUUGGAUUAAGGUUAUAUUCUUUUAAGUAUUGUUAGUCUGCAUGCACAUUGGCAGUAACUAGUUACCUGAAUACUCUGUAAUAUUUGUAUAUUGAUCAUUUCUUCUUAAGGAUCAAGACAUCAGAAAAAAUCAGAUCUAACUUAACCAUUGAUGAAUUAAGUCAAUUACAAGCACAAAAGAAAAGAACUUUUAUAUAUAUUUUGAUUGAUGUACAAGACUUAUAUCUACAUUUUUUGAUCACCAGUUGUAAUGAAACACUAAUUUUUGGAAAAAAUAGGAUAAGGUAUUUGACAAAAGUGAAUAAAAUAAUAACAUUUGUGUCAAAAUGAUGUAACUUGGCAUAAAAUUUAAGUUCAACAUUUUGGCCAAAAUGUUUGUUUUCCACUGGAUUCUGAACAUAGUACAUUCAAAAGCACCCUUUGUUGUUUGUUUUGUUUCUAAUAAAGUAGCAUGUAAAAAGAAACUGUAUUUUAAGUCACAGUAAGUGGGGAUUUUUUAAUUCAUAGCAAAUGAAGCAGUUUUAUUAGCAUAUUACAAAUAUUUCCAGAUCAAGACUUCUCUAUUCUUUGAUAGCUUUCCUUCAGAAAAUUCUGAAGUUCUAUUUGCAAUAAUAAUAAAACCAGCAUUUAGUACCAGCAUAUGGUUCAUAGGCAAAUAAUACUUUCCCAAAAUUUUUAUCUGAGUUUAGGUUAUGUUCUUGUUGCUGUGCUUCCUACACCCAACCAGCAGAAUUCUUCAAGGGUGGAGGAAUUAAUCAACUUGUUUUUCAAUCGUUCUGAACCCAAACCACAAAUCUAUUUGAGGAAAAGUAGUUACUUCAUUUACUGUUCUCUGAGACAGAAGUGACUGUGUUUUUCUAUUUGAGUAUACUGUUAAAGGGUGUUUCUUCUUUAAAAUCUUGGAAAGCCUAAGAGAGUUAAAGGCAUAUUGGUUUUGAUUUGCUUUGUUUUACUGUUUUUAAUCCAUAUGCAAAUAAAACUGCUUCUCUCUUACCCUGCUUGAACUAGAAAGUAAGAUGUUUAAUGUAGGUUACUACUAACUAAUAAGCACAAAAGAAUCAUGUAUAAGAAAUCAGAUAUAAGUAUUUCAAGUAAAAUGUAAACAGUUUUUAUUUGGUAGAAAUGACUCAUGGAAAAAUUGUGUUGGCUUAGUCUGCAUGUUUAAUGAUGUGCUUGUAUAUUGAUAGAUUUGUCACUUUUAAGUAAGUACAUAAGCAAGCCAAAUUUUAAAUGAUGAAAUCCAUAAAUAACUGGAGAAUUUUUGUUAUUUGUUGUUACUAAGUUGAAAGUUAUAACCAUUUAUCACUAAAUUGCACAUUACCCUUAUUUAUUUAUGCUGUUUUUGGUUUACAUUGUAAUAAUACCUCAUUUAUAAAGUAAAAACCACUACUGUUACAUUUUGUUAAUUUAAACAGCUAGAAAAUUCAUGUUGUUACUUUUUUUUAUAAUCUGUUAAUGAAUUCAUGAUUUUUGUAUCUGCCACAGUAAAUUAAAGCAUUACACAAUA